ACAGUGACCACGACAUCGCUCCUCCAGGUGCAGUUGUGACCUCGACGGCUUUUCUGCCUGAUCUGACCUUGGAACAAACGUUCUCCCUUGCUCUUUUCCGCACGACAGCUUCCGUUAUAACGCAAUGCGAAACGCUAAACUUCUUCGUAAAAAAUACACUGUUGCAGAAAACAACUACUAGCACACUUUUUCGACGACUACGUUGCCCCAAGCCACUCUUUCCAUCAUUUCGACCGCAUAUGUGGGCCCUACAGUUACAGAGGUAUGUCAUUUACCCCUUUCGUCCUUGUAAAUAAACAGUGCAGAUAAGCGAAGCAAACAAGCUUGCUCUUUGGCUUUGAGAAGGGCGAUUAGAGCGGAUGUAUGAGAGUUGGGUGUUCGGCCACUGCUACUGGCUUCCUCCAUGCCUGCCUCCUCGGCCUCACUUCUAGCUGCUACAACCUCUUCUCUGUUCAUGCCUUAUCUUUUGAACAUUCGAAAUCAGGAUUUCGCAAAGAUCGGACUUGCAAGCACUCAGGUAUUUCCACCGUCUUGGCUUUGACUACACGCACGAUCUUUGCAACACAGAUGUCCGUAAUUACCAGUAUCAUCGCAGCGACGACUUCCGUUGUGUUGCAGCUCACGACGAUCUACUCCACUAGUUUGGUCCCAACAACCUUCACCUUGACCAGCACGGCAUUUAGCGUUCUCGACCGAGGUCUCACAACGACCAUCUUCACCGGACGAACUGUCACAAGUACUGUGACAGCAAAUCUGCUGAAUCUACCGAUCCGUGCGGAGCCUACGCAAACCUUGCCAACGGAGGUAAAAGCUUGACAGGCUGAGCCGACACCUGCCCAACCUUCACGUGCGAAAAAGUACUGGCACCUUUUGUACACCGGUAGUCCUUCGCGCAAGAGAAAAGGAGAAUAGCAGGGAGAGUAUUGAGUUGUACAUACUGCGACGAUGCCUGGGUAAAGACCAUCCAGGUCUGGUAAAAAUAUGGCCUUUUUUCAUAGAGGCAAGGAAGUAUGUCUCGUG